ACCAACUUUUCAUUUCUUUAUUGUGUGGGUAUUCUCAAUGCAGCCUACAACGAAAAUUCCAUUCUUUACUUGGCUUUUCUUGAUACCCAUAGUCACUGGUGAGUGUUUGGAUGACCAGAAAUCCUUGUUGCUCCAAUUGCAGAAUAGUCUCCAAUUCGACGAGGCUUCCUCCCCAAAACUGGUGCACUGGAAUCGAAGUGUCGAUUGCUGUUUGUGGAAAGGUGUGUACUGUAGCCUGGGACGUGUUAUUGGUCUAGACUUGAGCAGUGAAUCAAUCUCUGCUGGUCUUGACAAUUCAAGUAGCCUGUUUAGUCUUCAGCACCUCCAGAACCUGAAUUUGGCACAUAACAAUUUCACCAAUUCUCAGAUUCCAUCAGAGUUUGAAAGGUUGACGAAUUUGAGAUGCUUGAACCUUUCAAAUGCUGGCUUUGCAGGGCAGAUUCCUAUUGCGAUUUCACGCUUAACAAGCUUGGUCGUUCUUGAUUUAUCUACCUUUUACUUCCCUGUAUUGAAACUAGAGAAUCCAACUCUACACAUGCUGGUUCGAAAUCUCCGGGAGCUUAUGGAACUUCAUCUUGAUGGUGUAAACAUGUCAGCACAAGGGAAUGAGUGGUGCCAAAUUAUAUCAUCUUCACUACCAAAUCUAAGAGUGUUGAGCUUGUCAAAUUGUCAUCUUUCGGGCCCUUUUCAUUCUUCCUUACUCAAGCUUCAGUCUCUCUUGGUUAUUCGUCUGGAUAAUAACAAUUUGUCUACUCAUGUGCCAGAGUUAUUUGCAAAGUUCAAAAACUUGAAGUCCAUAUCUCUCACUACUUCUGGGUUGUAUGAUACAUUUCCAGAAAAGAUCUUCCAGGUACCAACACUAGAGAUUCUUGAUUUAUCUAAUAAUCCACUACUCCAAGGUUCCUUGCCUGAUUUUCCUCGUAAUAGAUCUCUUAGAACCCUGGUGCUUAGCAAGACAAACUUUUCAGGCACAUUGUCUGAUUCUAUUGCUAACCUUACUAUGUUGUCCAGAAUAGAUCUUUCAAGCUGCAAUUUCCAUGGAUCAAUCCCAUACUCAAUUGCAAAUCUUACCCAAUUGCUCUAUUUGAAUAUGUCAAUGAACUAUUUCACUGGAUCAAUUCCAUCAUUCAGCAUGGCCAAGAAUCUGACCGAAAUUAACCUUUCUCACAAUCAUUUAACUGGUCAAGUUACUUCCACUCGAUGGGAAGUGCUUUUGAGUCUUGUGAACCUUGACUUGCGUAACAAUUCACUGGAUGGGAGUAUUCCACUUUCUCUGUUUUCCCUUCCAAAAUUGCAGAAACUACAGCUUUCCAAGAACCAAUUUUCAGGGAAACUGCAUCCAUUUUCCGAGGUCUCUUCUUUGAGAAUCGUGGACCUCAGCUCUAAUCGACUUCAGGGGCAACUCCCCAAUCUCCUACAAAUGGCCACAUACUUGAAUCUUUCAACGAACAAUUUCAGCGCUGGCAUACCAGCUGGUAUCUGGCCAAAUGGCAAUGCUGCCUGGCCAAUCUCCGAAGAAAUAGUGAUUGACGUUUCCUACAACAAUCUUGAGGGGACAAUCCCCGAAGAAAUAGGAGGAAUCUAUUCAUUAGGAGUUCUCAACUUAUCCCAUAAUGCUCUUACAGGCCAAAUCCCAUCAUCUCUGGGAAAACUGAAUCAUCUUAUAUCACUAGAUCUUUCGUUUAAUAACUUGGUGGGGCAUAUUCCACGAAUGAGACGUCCGGAGACAUCCAACGAGGGAAACAAAGGAUUAUGUGGCUUCCCACUGCAUGAAGAAUGCAAAGACUCAGGAUCUCAUUCGAAUGAUGACAUUGAGGUUGACUGGAACAUCAUAAUCGCUGAGUUUGGAUUUAUUUAUGGCCUUGGAAUUAUCAUCUUACCGAAUAUAUUUUCAAAGAGGUGGAGGAUAUGGUAUUCCCAACAACUUGAUGACAUUCUUUCAAAAAUCUUCCCCAAGCUGAUUUCUUGAAGAAGAGGCAAAGGCAUUAGUAUAGUUUUCCCCCAGUUUCGAUAUAAUGCAGAAUAAAAAAAAAAAUGUGGUCAGGCAAUUUGAUAUGAGAGUUUUCUUAAGGUUUUAUCAUUGUAAUUGCUAAUAUGUAUUAUUGAAAUACUUCUGUACGUGAUAUAGAUUUGCUGGUGACUUAUG